CCAAACGCCCGCAACGUCUCUCUCUUCACCUCUCUUUCACUUUCGUUACCGUCACUUUUCCCCGUGAAAUUUCACUCACCACCUCCCCCCUCUUUUCCUCACCUCGUCGGAAGCAAUGGCCUCCGACGACUCUUCCGGUCAUGGUCUUCCUCAGCUCUCUAAGAAAACUCCAUUUCUGGGUCUGAAGCUUUACUUCGUGAUCGGCAUUCUCCUUCUAAUCGUGCUUGUAAUUUUGCUUCUGGUCUUUCUGUGCCUUCGUCGGAAUCGUAACUCGACGAAGCGUAAAAUGCGCGUGAAGCACAGUUCGGGGAUGAUUCCCUUGGUCUCCAAAGAGAUCGUGGAAGUCAAAGCCUUGGAUCUCGAGCAGAAUUGUGAGCAGGCAGAGAUUAAAAUCGAGGAUGAGGAUCCGAAGAAGGAGAAGGUUGAGAUUGAGGUUGAGAGAAGAGGGAAGAAGACGAGCGACGAGAGUGAUGUGUCCGGCGGGAGUCGCAGUGACGUGUCGGUGGACGCACCGAACAUAGGGUGGGGCCGAUGGUAUAGCUUGAGGGAGCUGGAGGAUGCGACACGUGCGUUUGCGGAAGAAAGUGUGAUCGGUGAAGGGGGGUAUGGUAUUGUGUACAAAGGAGUUCUUGAAGAUGGGUCGGUGGUGGCUGUGAAGAAUCUUCUGAACAACAAAGGUCAAGCGGAGAAGGAGUUUAAGGUGGAGGUUGAAGCCAUUGGAAAAGUAAGGCAUAAGAAUUUGGUGGGUUUAGUCGGAUAUUGCGCUGAAGGUCCUCAAAGGAUGCUUGUUUAUGAGUAUGUUGAUAAUGGAAAUUUGGAGCAGUGGUUGCAUGGUGACGUUGGGCCUGUUAGUCCCUUGACAUGGGAUAUAAGGAUGAAAAUCGCCAUUGGGACCGCAAAAGGGCUGGCCUAUCUGCAUGAAGGGUUAGAACCCAAAGUGGUGCACCGGGAUGUAAAAUCCAGUAACAUUCUUUUGGACAGAAAGUGGAAUGCUAAAGUAUCAGACUUUGGACUAGCCAAGUUAUUAGGCUCUGAGAAGACCCAUGUGACCACACGUGUAAUGGGGACAUUUGGAUACGUUUCACCUGAGUAUGCAAGCACGGGAAUGCUUAAUGAGGGAAGUGAUGUGUAUAGCUUUGGAGUUCUACUCAUGGAGAUAAUUACAGGAAGAAGUCCCAUAGAUUAUUCUAGACCACCUGGAGAGAUGAAUUUGAUCGAUUGGUUCAAGGGAAUGGUAGCAAGUCGUCGUGGUGAAGAGCUGGUAGAUCCUUUGAUUGAGGUUCAGCCCUCUCCAAGAUCUUUGAAACGAGCUUUGCUGGUUUGCCUGCGCUGUGUAGAUUUGGACGUCAGUAAACGACCGAAGAUGGGUCAAAUCGUUCAUAUGCUUGAGGCAGAUGAUUUCCCCUUUCGUUCUGAACUUCGUACAAUAAGAGAGAAAGAGCCCGUUGCUUCUUCGCAUUCCACAAUUCCCCGUAAAGUUCAAUAUCCCCCCAAGAAUGUGGAUUCUAUAGAACAGUCAAGAUGGAGAUGAUUGUAAUACUGCUUCCUCGUGCCAAUUCAUCUGGAGGAUACCACAAUUUUAUUUGUUGUAAUGUAGUUUGUUUUUGUUUUUCAAAAUCACAAUGCAAUUUAGCGAUGUUCGAUUUCUUGUAUUGCGAGCCAUUGUACAUCAUUUUACAGCGAAGUUGUCCCCCAUUUUCCCCCACUGUGCAUAUAUCUUUUUUAUAGCGAAGUUUCCCCCCUUCCAGUCAGUUUUUGACACCAUUUUGCUGUAUUAUAUUGUUUUGCUAAGAGAUUAGCCUUCUUGUAAAGACACGCACCUCUACAGUCUACAUAAUUUUACUAGCUUGGGAAUCCUAGACCCUCACCCAAAUGUGUAUUUUUUCAAGUGAAAAUUGAGCUCGAUGCCAAUGGCCUCUUCUAUUUAA